UGAGAAACCCUACAAAACCUUUCUCUCUCUUGAGUGUUAGUCCGAACCGAAGAGGUAUUUUUUUCCUCAUUAAACCCUUACUUGCUUGUCAAGCUCUCUUCUCGCUCUUUUCUUCUUUCUCAAACCAAAAUCCAAACAUAAACAAAAUCUACAUUACGGUUUAGUAGUCCUAGGGUUCCAUUUACAACAUAGAGAAAGUCCAACCCCCAAUUUUGUUCGGAGAAAAAUGGCAAAAGCUUGUGCAUUAGGGAUUGUAUCAGCAUUAGCUUCAGCAACUUUAGGUGUUGAGUAUGCUUAUGCUGAUGGUCCUUUUAAUUUUGGUCCAUUUUCAUCUUCAUCUUCUUCACCGUCUCCUCAUCCUCCUCCCGAAGCUGCUCCUUCAUCUGAUACACCAAAAGAAGAAGAAUCAUCAUCUUCUAAAGUUCGAAAUGAUAAUCCACGAACCACAUCUGCUGGGUUCGAUCCUGAACCACUUCUGAAAGGAGCUGCAGCUCUUAGAGAAAUUAGUACUUCUCUCAAUGCUAAAAAGGCGUUUGAUCUGAUGAUGAAGCGGGAAGAGACAAAGAUGAUUCAAGCUGCAACCAAGAAAGCUGAAAUGGAUGCGAUGAGAGCUCAAUUUGAAACUGAGAGACAAAAGGUACUAUCUGAGGAAAAGCAAAAAUUGAGUCAACAACAAGCACAAAAUAAAGCUCAAAUGGCUCGUUAUGAAGAUGAGCUGAAGAGGAAAAGGAUGCAGGCAGAGAAUGAAUGGCAUAAAGCCAGAAAUCAAGAAACCCUACAAAACCUUUCUACCCUUACUUGCUUGUCAAGCUCUCUUCUCGCUCUUUUCUUCUUUCUCAAACCAAAAUCCAAACAUAAACAAAAUCUACAUUACGGUUUAGUAGUCCUAGGGUUCCAUUUACAACAUAGAGAAAGUCCAACCCCCAAUUUUGUUCGGAGAAAAAUGGCAAAAGCUUGUGCAUUAGGGAUUGUAUCAGCAUUAGCUUCAGCAACUUUAGGUGUUGAGUAUGCUUAUGCUGAUGGUCCUUUUAAUUUUGGUCCAUUUUCAUCUUCAUCUUCUUCACCGUCUCCUCAUCCUCCUCCCGAAGCUGCUCCUUCAUCUGAUACACCAAAAGAAGAAGAAUCAUCAUCUUCUAAAGUUCGAAAUGAUAAUCCACGAACCACAUCUGCUGGGUUCGAUCCUGAACCACUUCUGAAAGGAGCUGCAGCUCUUAGAGAAAUUAGUACUUCUCUCAAUGCUAAAAAGGCGUUUGAUCUGAUGAUGAAGCGGGAAGAGACAAAGAUGAUUCAAGCUGCAACCAAGAAAGCUGAAAUGGAUGCGAUGAGAGCUCAAUUUGAAACUGAGAGACAAAAGGUACUAUCUGAGGAAAAGCAAAAAUUGAGUCAACAACAAGCACAAAAUAAAGCUCAAAUGGCUCGUUAUGAAGAUGAGCUGAAGAGGAAAAGGAUGCAGGCAGAGAAUGAAUGGCAUAAAGCCAGAAAUCAAGAGUUAGUGAAAAUGCAAGAGGAGUCAGCUUUGAGGCUACAGGCUGCUAGGCAGGCAACAGAACAGCAAAUUCAAGCUCAGCGUCUGCAAACAGAGAGAGAAAAAGCUAACAUAUUAAGAGAAAAUAUUAAAAGUGAGCAAGAAGCAAAAGCAAGAGCCAACGCGCUUCAUAAACAACUAACUGAAGAUUUAAGUAAAAGGGAGCUAAUAGAUAGAGCAAAACUUGAGCAAGAGAAGUGGGUUGCUGCCAUUAACACAACUUUUGAGCAUAUUGGAGGUGGUGUGAAGGCUUUAUUAACUGAUCAAAAUAAGCUGAUCGUAGUGGUCGGGGGAGUUACAGCUCUGGCAGCUGGGGUUUACACAACUAGAGAGGGUGCAAGGGUGAUUUGGGGAUAUGUUGACAGAGUUCUCGGACAACCAUCCUUGAUCAGAGAGUCCUCGAGAGGAAAGUACCCUUGGUCAGGGAUUUUUUCUCGUGGAAUUAGCUCUCUAUCACAAAAGGCUGAAGGUGUGAAAGGGAAUGGUUUUGGUGAUGUGGUUCUUCAUCCUUCACUUCAUAAGCGAAUCGAGCAACUUGCUGGUGCAACUGCAAAUACUAAAUCCCAUCAAGCACCUUUUAGAAACAUGCUCUUCUAUGGUCCUCCUGGAACAGGGAAAACUAUGGCCGCCAGAGAACUUGCACGAAAAUCUGUAUGAGAUCUAUCCUUUUCUUGUUAUGUUUGGACUGAAACUCCUUCUCUACUACUAAAUUAUUCUCUAACCUGUAUACUUUUGGUUACUAGCACAGUUUGGACCUUGUACAGAUUAUAUACAAUGCCGCUAUUUAAGCAUUUCCAUAAAUACUGUUUCAACUUAGAUUUGAACUAAAGAAUCAAAAGCAUGAACGGAUAGAUUAUUGGAAACAACUUUCUGAUUGCAACAAAGCUACUUUUCUAAGCAA